AUGAAACCUACCACUGGCAACGGGGAGCUCGAUCCCACCAAAUACAAUCUGGUCACCGAAGAAGCCAACGAGAAGGGUUCGAUUCAGGACGGCCAUGGAGCUGAGAUUCAUGUUGAUCCUGUCAUCGAGAAGAAGGUACUUCGCCGUCUCGACAAGCGGUUUGCACCACUAUUUUGCGCGCUGUACUUCUUUGCCUAUCUCGACCGGAGCAACAUUGGCAAUGCUGCUAUUGCAGGUCUCACCGAGCAACUCGAUCUUUCAGGAGCACAGUUCAGUACUGUUGUUAGCACCUUCUUCGCCACUUAUGUUGUGUUCAUGGUUCCCUUCGUCCUAGCCAUACGUGGGCUCAAAGUUCACAGAGCAAUUGCCGCUAUGGCCUUUGCGUGGUCUAUCGUUACCAUCGGAACUGCCUUUGUCAAGAACUAUGGUGCACUCCUUGCGUGCCGUCUGAUUCUCGGCAUUUGCGAGUCUGGCUUCUUCCCAUGCAUUAGCCUGUACAUCACCAUGGUAUACAACCGAGAGGAACAGGGUAUGCGCUUCGCCUAUCUAUUCGCUGCCACUGCAUUUAGUGGCAUGUUUGGUGGAUUGGUAGCCACAGGCAUCAUCGAAAUCGGAGCUGUUGGUGGCCUUCAAGCUUGGUCCUGGCUCUACAUAAUAGAAGGACUAGCCUCCUUAAUUAUAGUACCAUGGGCAUGGUAUGGGCUUCCUGAGUCGCCCUCGAAGGCUAAAUUCUGGACACCUGAGCAGCGCGAGACUAUGGAGAUGCGUGAUCUCAAACGUCAAGAAUACAUGGGCGCGAAUCAAUUCGAGUGGUCGCAAGUCAUAUCCGCUCUCUGCACCUGGAGAAUGUGGACUGGAGCUCUUAUCCAGUUCUUUCAAGAUGUGAUUCUUUAUGGCUUUAGUAGCUUCCUACCCUCGAUUCUUCGGAACGGUCUAGGUUUCGGCCGAAUGGAAGCUCAGUAUCUCAGUGUCCCGGUAUAUCUACUUGGUGGUAUCUCAUUCUUCGCUGCGGCAAGAAUAGGUGACAAGUAUCGUUUCCGUGGUUCCGUUCUCUUCAUGCUCGACAUAUUUGCCGUUAUUGGUUAUGCUAUCCUCCUGACUGUUAAGGACUCGGCCGUUCAGUACUUUGCCUGUUUCUUGAUUGCUAUUCCACUUUACAAUGGCCCCGGUGUUAACGAGACUUGGAUUGUCAACAAUACAGCUCCUCAUUAUCGCCGCGCCACUUUCCUCGGUGUCUCUCAAGCUAUUGGCAAUGUUGCUGGUGUUGUUGCUGGACAGGUCUACCGCUCAGCCCCCUACAGACUUGGCCAUUGGUGCUCUCUUGGUUCCAUCAUCAUUUCCAUGAUUCUGAUCGCCGUUCAGCUGGUAUACUUCAAGUCUGAGAACAAUAAGAAGGACCAAAUUGCCAGUGGCAAGCGCCCGGACGACCGUACCAAAACCGCCGGAGAGCAUAACCUCGAGUUUCGAUAUGUAUACUAAGGUCGAGCGAAUAGAUAGCAUGUCGAGAAGAUUUGACAUAUAAACUAUGGUUCAUAUCAGCUGUCGAACGAUAGCUGUGUUAGGAAAACUUACCUAGAGUAGUAAUAGUUUCAAUAUGAAAAUUCGAGCAUUCAUAAA